AUGGAUUUAAUUCUGAGGUCGGAUGAAGAUUAUUUCGAUUCCGACUCAUCAUCGUCGGGAGAGGAAGCUGAGACUUCUAAAGUGGACUAUGAUAUGCUCACAGUGAUGUAUAUUCUUCUUUCAGUGGUUUACGUACCAAAACAGUGCUUGGAAGGAGCUGAUGCUCAAAUUCUAUUAAAUGAGAUACGCAGGAAGAAGCAACUUUGUGGUGUAUUUACAUAUGAGUAUGAGGUACUGUAUGAUAUUUGCUCCGUUUACGGGCCUGUGACAUUUGCUGCUGGCCUUUUGUCCAAGGAAAAUGCCUACACCUUUUCAUGGUUAUUUAACCAAUUUGUAACGUGUAUGAGUGUGGCUCCCAAACUCAUUGUAACCGAUCAAGACUUAGGAAUGAAAGUUGCUAUUGAGGAGGUCCUUGUCAAUACAAGACACCGGUGGUGUAUGUGGCACUUUAUGAAUAAAGUUGCUGACAAAUUGCCAAAGAACAUGCUUGGUAGUGAAGAACUAAAGAAGGAACUGAAUGCAUGUGUAUGGUCAGAGUUGAUAGAACCUGGUGCAUUUGAAGAAACUUGGCAUGCUAUAAAGGAAAGAUAUGGGCUGGCCAAUAAUGACUGGUACUCAAAGUCUCGGGCUAACCUUAUGCAAUUUUAUAUGAACUAUAACCAUGCCCUGGAGGCUCAAAGAAGUAAUAGCGCAAAGCUUGAAUACUAUGAUUCAACAAAAGUGCCUAUUUUGCGAAUAGAAUUGGAAAUCGAGAAACAUGCAACAACGAUAUAUAGUGGUAGUGCUUAUAAUGCAAUUCAAGAAGUGAUAGUUUAUUUUGUUAAGUUGAUACCCGAGAAGUUGCAUGGAGGGAGAUGGUUGAAGUCACAGUUUGUGAAGCCAAUACAUGGAGGUUUUUGUGAUGAUCAAGAAAUACACCUUACCGUGGAAAAGAAGAAGAUUGCAUUUAAAAACUUGUAUACAUUAUUCAUUGAAACAUCACAAAGUAUUGAAGGGAACAUUGAUCAAAUCAAUGCAUUUGCUGCAAUUAUUGAAGAAGGUAAGAAGCAGCUUCUCGGAGAAGGUGUUGUUUUGUCUUCGACAGAGAAGAAAGCAUUGAUUGAGAACUUCUAUGGCUCACAAGUUCCGAACUUUAUUGAAGUUCAUCCUCCUGAUGUUAUUAGUACAAAGGGAAGUGGAAGUAGGAAGAAAUCAAAGAAGGAGUCGGCAAUGAAGUUAGCAAUGAAACCAGGUCGAAAGUGUAGAAACUGUCAUGAGAUUGGACACCAUGAUUCUAGGAACUGCAAAAAGGUUAAUGAGAAGGCAAAUCAGAGGCAGUGA